AUGAUCUCUCCAUUUCGAGGCAAAGCCCUUCGGGUGGCGCAAGCCUUGCUCAUUGUAGCUCCUGCUUUUAUCCUCUUUGGCUACAAUCAGUCUGGUCUGGGACCACUCUCCACCCUGCAGAGUUGGGUGGAAGUCUUUCCAGAAAUCGACACCAUCAAUACAAAAGGUCCCUCACGCGCCCAGCACUCCACGAUCAAAGGCGUUGUCAUUGCGUCUAUGCAAAUCGGUGCCCUCGUGGGAGCCCUCUCAUGUACAGCAUUCAGUGACCGCAUUGGUCGACGCAAGACCAUCUUUCUUGGUGCCAUUCUCACUAUCAUCGGUCAAUUGCUUCAGACUAGCGCCUACGGUCUCGCACAGUUUGUCGUCGGUCGAGUCAUCCUUGGUGUCGGCAUUGGCCAAUUUAGCGUCGCUGUUCCCGUCUGGCAGUCCGAGUGCACGUCGGCCAAACAUCGUGUCGUCCUUUUGGCGUCGGUAUUUCUUCUCCCAGAGUCUCCUCGAUGGCUCGUCAGUGUGGGCAAGAUCGACGAGGCCACCAGGAGUCUUGCUGCCUACAAGGGUGUGGCAGACGACGAUGAGUCGGUGUGCGUUGAGAUUGGUGGAAUCGAAACAUCCCUAGAAGUCUCCGCCGAUAGCGCCUCAUUGAAAGAUAUCUUCAAUUUGAGCAAGCCCGACGAAGAGCGCUUGCUGUAUCGGUUCUGUCUCUGCGUGGCCCUACAGUUCUUCCAACAGAUGUGCGGUGGCAAUCUCAUCUCGACGUACAUCUCGACCAUCUUCGAGCAAGAUCUGGGCAUGGACAGCGAUCUGGCGCGCAUUCUCAGCUCUUGCGCGAUGACCUGGAAGUUUUUCUGUUCCUUUAUCGCUUUCGCCAUCGACAAGCUCGGCCGUCGAAAGAUCUUCAUGAUCAGCGGCACGGGCAUGUCUGUCUGCAUGAUGGUGCUGGCCAUCACCAAUAGUUUCAAGGGCAAUCGAGCCGCCUCGAUCACCUCAGCCACGUUCAUGUUCCUCUUCAACAGCUUCUACCCUGUCGGAUCCCUCGGGGGCAACUUCUUGUACUGUACCGAAGUAGCACCGAUGCGCCUCCGUGUCGCCAUGUCGGCCAUCUCAACGGCCAACCACUGGCUGUGGAACUUUGUCGUGGUCAUGAUCACUCCCGUGGCUCUGAACACCAUCGGAUACAAGUACUACAUUGUUUAUGCAGUGAUUUCAGCAUGUAUCCCCGUUUCCGUGUACUUUUUCUACCCGGAGACCAUGAACAGGAAUCUUGAGGCGCUGAACCAUGUCUUCCGCGAUGCCUCGACGCCGUGGCAGAUUGUGAGUAUGGCGCGUCAUUUGCCUCAGGGCGAAGCUGCCGACGUGGAUGUGUGGAUGCGGGCAGAGGAGAAGAAGGGUGAAAUUGAGCAGAGCGAGCACGCUUAA